AUGUUGAUGAUUAUCUUUUUUGUUUUUUUUAUCUCCGUUGCUUCAGAAAUUUGUUUCAAAGCGACAGGAACCGUAAAUAGGUAAGAAAAACGAGGCGAGGAUACUGUAGAAUGCUACCAAAUCGUUUGAAUUUAAAUACGAAUUUUAGAAUAGAGACUUUGACAUGCCCUAAGGGGACAAAGCUUAAUAUGGAGGGGAUUACGUUCCCUAUGUUCUUAAAAUUAAGAGUAGAUCCGGGCCUUUGUGUGGAUUCAGACACCGUAAUCCAGCUGGAUGAAUGCCAACUUCGAUUGUUUUACUCUUCUGGUCUCCAAAUGAAUUCAGGCAAUCAAAAAAUAACAAUUCAAAAUAUAAUUUAGUGAAGCUGAAAGAAACCAAUGACGUCACCUUGGUAUUCAAUGACGGAAAAAUAAUGGAAUCCGAGCAAAUCAUCGCCAACUGUACCCCCCAAAUCGAGGAAUCUGAGAUGAUUAUUCAAUUUAAACAGCCUAAUCGAUGUGUCAGGGAAAUCUCAGUGGUAAUCACUGUUCUUUUGAUACUAUUUUGCAUUGUUUGCUAUUAUUUGUUUCUCAAAAUUACAGAAUCUUGUCCUUUAGACCUCCCGAUCAGAUGAACAAACAUUUUCUCUAUUGAUCCCGAGGGAAUCCACGGCUGGAGAUGCUGGAAAGGUAGACGAGGUCACCUUGGAAGUUAUCCUUUUAACUUACUUUGCCGUAAAUAUUAUCAUUUGGUAAGUUAUCGUGCAUUAAAUGCAAUAGCGCGUUGUUUAAGGCUUGUAUUUUUUGGAAUGGUGGUCGCGAUUGCAUGCAUUCUCUGUAUAAAACCUGUGAACGAUAACGAUGUGACCAUAGAAAAAGAAAAGGAGGAAAGGACCGAAGAUGUAUAA